AAGAAGCGGUUAGGAAUAAUACUAAUAAUUUAUUCUUUAUUUAAAACAUUUUAGUUUUUAAUCAUUAAUAGUCAUAAUAAUCAUAAUAGAAAAUAGGAAUGGCUACAGCUUUAAUAAGAUCAGGGUAUUCCGAAGUGCAGCAUGAGCCGGUUAGAAUGAGGAAAUACUGCGAAACGUCACUUUUGCAUGAAUAAUACGACUCGUUACGUCAAACAAAGGCCGCUGGUUUUACUCAGCCCCAGAAAUCCGCCACAAUCAUAAGACACUUGGGCUGUGUGUUUCAUGGCUGACUUAACUACAACGGAAAGUUUGAGACAACUGCAUGUUUCUGCAAAUUCAACGGAUGGAAUAAAGGAGGAAAAUGCCCAAAACAACCCUGAAUAUGUUGCUUUUGUGUUGGUGCCGAUCUUCUUCCUCCUGGGCCUGUUUGGGGUCCUGAUCUGCCAUGUUUUAAAACGUAAAGGAUAUCGUUGCACCACAGACUCUGAAGAAGAAACUGAAAUUGAAAAAGAUCCUGACACUAUGGGAGAUAUGAAUGAUACCUUCAGUGAAUGCAAUGUUGAUACAGUUGGACAAAUUGUAGACUACAUUAUGAAGAAUGAAGCGAACUCAGAGGCAUUAAAUGCUAUGUUCGACGAUAACAGCAUUGAUCCUGAAAGCCCUAUGACACCAAGUUCUCCUGCUACACCGGUGUCCCCUGCUAGCCCUACGAAGCACACCUGCUAUGGUAACCAUUUGCAUACUAUCGGUGGAGUGGCAGAGAAGAAUAUCUGUACUCGCUGUAAUCAGAAGAAAUGGCCCUUAAUGCGUCAGUCCAGCAAGGUAAAAGAGGCCAGGAGAAGUCAAACUGGAGAAAUUACAGUUCUCUCUGUGGGGAGAUUCAGAGUGACAAAACCAGAGCACAAGGCCCAGAAAGAAAGGAAAUCAUUGUUGUCUGAAUCGGAAGACGGGAAACUCCCUUUAAAGGGUUCAAAGGGUGAUCCUGGAACACCAGCAAAAGAUGAAUCAAAGAGUAGAACUACCUCAGAGACGCAGGAGAAAAAUAAUACUCCCAGAUGCUAGCUCAUGCUAAUAAAGAUUUAAGAUACUCUUCUGAGUAUUUCUUCUCAAAAUAUUUUUCCUCAGAUGUUUGUGAUCCUUACGAUAAAGAAAAUUGCUGCCAUGCACAGUACAGAAGAAAGAAGAUUUAUGUUUAAAACACGGAGUACAUUUUGAAUCUUCAGAUCCACAUUGUUAAACCCAUACAUAAUAUAAGCCUCUGACUUGUGAGCAUCUUCUUUUAGAACCAAGUGGAUAAAUUGGAUAAAAGUUCCCUUCCAACCUUUCACUAGUUUGCAUUUUUUCUUUGACACUAUGCCAGCCUCAGUGAUAAAAGGAUGUCACCUGAGGAGAACAUCAGAGAGUAUAAAAAAAGCAUCCACCUACCCCUAGGGGAAAUUUUUUCACUUUUUUGACCACCAAAAACUUUUUCAAGAUGGAGACAAACUAAAAUGCCGAAUCCAGUCAGAAUAUCACUAAAGAACAUAAAAGUGCUUGAAAACACACGCUAGAACUCGUGUUCCGAGUUUUCUCAUUCUGAAGUGGUUUUGCCAGAAAAUCUGCUAUUUUGUAAUGUCUGCGAUCAGCUAGUGCAGUUCUUUUUUUAUUUAAUUUGGUUGUGUUGAAAUAAUUUUACUUAAAACAGUUAAUUGAAAGGAAUAACAUUAGUUCAGAUAUAUGAUCUCUUACUUUCAACUUCUUGGUCCCUAGGAACAGUUUUUGAUAUAGGUAAACAUUAACAUCAUUAUAACAGCAUUUCUUCAUUGUUUAAAGUUAAUUAUUUUGUUUGUCUGAUACAGUAGUGUAGAGCCAAUUCCACUUCCAUUUUUUCUAAGACGUAAUAAUUGCUGCUAAAAUACAAUGUGAUCACUGGAGUAGUGGAACUUAUUUUAGAAAGUAGUUUGAUAUUUCAGCCAUGAUUCCAUUUAGCCAAACAAGCUAAAAGCUGUCAUGUGUAAGCUACAUUUUCUUUUCUAGUGAAAAGUAACAGAUAUAAGUAUAAAAGUUUUUUAAAAAGUCAGUUUACUAGUAAUACUGUAUUUGAAUUGGAUCAGUCUUAUAAAAUGCUAUUGAAUUACGCUUAAGAAUUUUAUUUGAAGAGUUUAAAUUUACUUGAUUUAGUUGAAAUUCCUAAAUGUUCCUAAAAAGGAAUAUAGAACUCACCUACACAUUGCUCAUAUUAGAUUCAUAUCCUUAUAUGUCUGUUCUUAAUUUGACCUUAUAACUACUUCCGAAUAACAAAACAAGGUGUAUCAUCAAUAGCAGAACCAAGGAAACUUUUAGCUCUUUUUUUUAAUAAUGCUUUUCCUCAAAAAGAGUCUAGGUAAAUUUAUUUUGUAAAAAAUACAUAUUUUACAAUAUUACUUCACAAUGUUGUGAGCUUUUGAUCUGCUUCUGUUUUUGUGGGAAAAGGUGAUCAAGAAAAGCACCUGUUUAACACUGCAAGCUGUAGACAUCAUAGAAAACGUAAUAGCUUUCCAGAGUUUGUCACUUGUUCUCUGAUGUGCACUGUAGGGAGAAUUAAUAAUGGUUUUAAAAAAAGGUUUUAAUCAUUGCUGAUCAUUAAUGUAAUUUGUGAAAUUGUUCAUGGUGCAUAUCUCACAUUGUUUGUCUUGCAUUACAUUUAUUUUAAUUCAGAGGCACUGCAAAGUGUAUUCUGGUAUCUCUGACCUUUGAUUUGAUUCCAUGAAUAUUAUAUAUAAACCUACAUGACAGUGCUUAAGACAACUGAUUAUUCAAGAAUAGUCAAGUUGAAAAUAUUUGAACUGGUUACUUGCUUUAAAAGGAAAACUAUUUUGCAAAGUAUAUUUUAAUGUCUUUAAUAUUUUCCACCAAUUACUGUUGGGAGUAUUAUAAUUGUCUAUUUGUUAUAGUUGUGUAAAAUCUGUUGCUGUUUUUCAUUUUUUUAAUUAUAAAGGCCAUAAGUUUAUACUUGUUCCCCAUUUCUAUUUAAUUACUGUAGAUAUAUUCACUGCUUAAUCUGUUUCAGGAAAAUGCUUUGUCUUGUGUGCGUAUUUCAGACAGAUAAUAUCGAACUCGGUAACUAAAACAAUAUGCAAAUUUAAGUGCGGUCUUGCUUAUGACAAAAAAAAUGGAUACAGAGUAAAGCUAUAAAGUGUUGUUAUAUACAUAAACAAAGGAAAGUUGAAACUACAAAGGUAUUUUUUUACAUGCUUCAGAUUAGAUGGAAAAGUACUCUAUGCAUCAUCUUACUACAACCAGCUACUAAAUGUCAAUCCUUGUUCAUAAUGGAAUCUAUUCAGUGGUUUCAAUUUUCUUUUAGCUUUGUAACUAAAAUUAUUGUUUAUGGAUUUUGUAUUAUAUAUGUAAUAUAUACAGGAAUAUAAUCAUAUAAGUAUCCAUUUUAAAAACAUGUAAAUGUCAUAUUUUAACAUUAGUUUGGUAAUAACUGCAACCUCAUAUAAUCAUGUUCUGUUUUGGUGGUACAGGUUUCACUAGGGCAAACGUAAGUUAGUCUAAGUCUAAAGUGCUGACGGUUCAUUUGUUAUAAUGAAAAGGAAGCAAAAGUACUAAUUUUUAUUACCAUAAAAUAUUUGGGUGUGGUCAUUUUUAGCAGCUUUGUUAUUCUGAAGGAAAACUUUGAAAAGCCAAGGUUAUAGUAUAAGUAUAUAUAUAUGUAAAAAUUAUAUAUCCCUUUAAAUGAAUAAAAUUGUAAUAUGUGAAUUAAAAUUGUUGUACACUUAAAGAACUACAAAUUUGCCUGGACACCUUAUGACUUUUGCCUAUGCAUUUAUUGGUUGUUUUCAUUAAACUGUAUUGAUAAACUUUUUGAAGAACACAAUAUUUAUACAUUAAAAGAAUUAAAUACCA